ACACGCUCCACGGUCGCAUCGCACCGCGCCGGAUUACACCGUCGACGUCCGACGUACGGGUGAUGAGAAGCUCGCGCCGCCGUUAGAAGAGACCGCGCCAGCUCUCCACGUGAGUGACUUGCCCGCGUCACGGUGCGCGUUCGCCCGCUGCACUCCUAGGAGGAAAAAAAUACAGCACCUCGCCAGAAAUACGGAGAUCAUGGCGGUGCCCAACAGCGGUGUGGUCAUGCCCCGAAACUUUCGUCUCCUAGAAGAAUUAGAACAGGGCCAGAAAGGUGUGGGUGAUGGCACAAUCAGUUGGGGUCUAGAAAACGAUGACGACAUGACCCUCACACAUUGGACCGGUAUGAUAAUUGGACCACCUAGGACACCAUAUGAAAAUAGGAUGUAUAGUUUGAAAAUUGAUUGUGGUCAGAGAUAUCCAGAUGAUGCCCCUAAUGUAAGAUUUUUAAGCAGAAUCAAUAUGAAUUGCAUUAACAGUGCCACUGGAGCUGUGGAUAAUCGCAGUGUCCCAGUUCUUGCGAAAUGGCAACGAGAUUACACGAUUAAAACUGUUCUUCAGGAGCUCCGUCGUUUGAUGACGUUGAAGGAAAAUAUGAAACUUUCUCAGCCUCCUGAGGGCAGCACUUUUUAGCCUAACCGUAUGAACAGAGAUAUCUUCCUUUUUGCAAUAGCAUGAGGUGAGAUUUAAAUAAAGGUACCAAAUAAUAUUAAAAGGGUGCCCGCUGAAAAUAUAUGUUUAAAAAGAAACAAAAAAAAACACGAAAAAACAGCUUUUGUGGAAGAAAGGUGGUAAUAGCUUGGAAAGUUGAAUGAGUGUGUCGAGUUUAUGUAUAGAUUUAGAUAGAAAAAAUUGACAAAAACACGCAUUUGUCAAGCACAGCUGGUUCGUCGCAAUUUUUCACUAAAAAAUAAUAGUAGUCCUCCGAAACCCCCCCGAUUAUAUUUCAUUGCCUCUACUAUCAUGUUCGCGCACGAGAUAAUGACUCAGUUGUGGAUACGAAUUGGUUUAAGAAAACUCUGCUCCAGCUUUUCCAAGCUAGUACAAUGUAAAGCGGAAAACCAUAUUUUGAAUCUUAAAACUGGAGACACAGACUAUGUAAUAAAAACGAAUAAUCAGUAAGAACAACUUAUGCCUUUGAAGUUUUUUAAUGAGAGAAGAAGAGUAAACGCCUGGUGUUGCGAACUGUUUUAAGAUUUCUCUUUUGUUUGCGCGCAAGUGCCAUUUCAUCUCUCGCAGAGGUGUGUCUCACUCAACGCUACGGUAGAAAAUUUUGUAAAUUCUGGACCACAUCUGUACGUCCGUUUUACUUUUCCGUGCGCUGCGUACCGUUUCAAUUAGAGCGAUCUACAAAGGAAUAACGUACGUGUUUGAGAAAUUGCAACCCUUGAAAAACGGCCUCUCUCUCUUUCACGCUAAACGAAUUGCGUUUCGUAAUCGAUGAGGAGACGUCGCUUUGUAAUCGAAGUAUACAUAAAUGACAAUUUUAUUUGUAGUAUCUCGUAUAUAGCGAAUGAUAUACAAUACUGCAUGGCAGAGUACAUCAAUAUAUGGAGCAUUGCAUGAAUGACAAGAUCUUUUAAUCUAUAUCACAUUUGGACAUAUUGUGAAAGUAUAUUAAUUAUCCGCAUAUGUAUUUGAUUGAUAUGAUUUUAUUAUGUCUAUUGAAAUAUAAUACAAAAACUGCAAAUAUAGUGCUUUUUGUUUGACAGAGCUUCACGAUUGAUGUACGAAAAUUUUUAUUAUAGUUAUCAAAACCGUAUCUAAUUCCUAACAUAUUGUGUAAAGAGCAGGAACAUAUUAAAUCUGAUUCUUCUCAAUCUUUAGUGCAAUUACGAUUAAUAAAUUGCAUGGACUGUAUUGUUGCUGAAAGCUCGAAUUAUAUGCAGCCUAUUAAUGGUCGAUGAUGAUAAAUGAUAUAUGUUCCAGCAAGAAAAUAAUUAUGUUAUUAAAACGUCACCUCGAGAUUUAUAUUAUUCAAAUCGAGAGAAUAUCUUUAUACCUAAUAUUUCAACCAAAGUAGAUUUUGAAAUAUCUCCACGUUUGAUUGUGUAAUGUAAAAAAAUUUUUCCGAUUCCAACAAAGACUAUACAAACCUCUUUGUCCGCUUUGCAUUUAAGUAUUACACUAUCGGUAAUAUAAUAGUGUAAUUUAAAUCAUCCUAUUAAAAAAGUAACAAGUUAUAGCUCCAUGUGGAUGAAAACAAGCUUAAGGAGAAUAAAGUGAUUUCCUUAGA